GCGACAACUCAUAUUUCACCAACCUCAAUCCCAUUUCCAAGAUGGCGAUUCAAAAGAAGGUGCGGAUAGCCCCCAAUCCUACAGCCACUUUUUUAUAUUAACUAAUCCCCCACCUUCAGCACGGAAAAGGUCGUCUCGACAAAUGGUACCGCCAUCCCCGAACUACCCGUCCAAAAAAAUGUUUUAAAGCAGGGAGAAAUACAGCUGAUACUGUAACAGGUACAAGCUUGCCAAACAAAAAGGCUACCGGGCGCGUGCAGCCUUCAAGUUAAUUCAGCUAAACAAGAAAUACAAUUUCCUUGAAAAGUCCAGAGUGCUCAUAGAUCUCUGCGCAGCUCCAGGUUCCUGGUGUCAGGUAGCAGCAGAAUGCAUGCCUGUCAAUUCCCUAAUCGUCGGUCUGGAUCUCGCCCCGAUAAAAUCUAUUCCCCGAGUCACUACCUUCCAGAGUGACAUCACCACAGAUAAGUGCCGGGCUACACUCCGGGGCCACCUGAAGACUUGGAAAGCGGAUACAGUGCUUCACGACGGUGCGCCGAAUGUCGGCACAGCUUGGGUUCAAGAUGCCUUUACACAGGCGGAAUUAGUACUACAGUCUCUAAAACUCGCGACCGAGUUCUUGAUUGAAGGGGGGACUUUUGUGACCAAGGUGUUUAGGUCGAGGGAUUUUAAUAAUCUGAUGUGGGUGUUUAAUCAACUGUUUGCCAAGGUCGAGGCUACAAAGCCGCCGUCUUCUAGAAGUGUUUCUGCAGAAAUAUUUGUUGUAUGCAGAGGUUACAGGGCACCGAAGCGAGUUGAUCCGAAAUUUUUGGACCCAAGGACUGUGUUUGAAGAGUUGCCAGAUCCGACGCCGAAUAAUGAGGCAAAGGUUUUUAAUCCUGAGGUAAAGAAGAGGAAGAGAGACGGGUAUGAAGAGGGAGAUUACUUGCAGUUCAAGGAAGCGCCUGUUAACGAGUUUAUUGAGGCUAUGGACCCGAUUCAGAUGCUUGGUAGCUUGAGCAGACUUUCCUUUGAGAACAGGAAGGGCAGCGAUCUUGCGAUCGCAGCUAUCUCAAAAAUGCCUGAGACGACAAUGGAGAUUAGGCAUUGUUGCGAGGACCUACGAGUUCUUGGUAAGAAGGAAUUCAGAGCAUUACUCAAGUGGCGUCUUUCUGUGAGAGAAAAGGCAUGUUACCCAAUGGCCUUCUUUAGAGAAAAAUCUUGAGAUUCUGAUAGCGCUACAGUUUGGACUGGAGGUCAGGAAGACAAAUGCGAAGCCAGAAAUUACGGAAACCUCCGAAAUCGCGCCAAUGGACGAAGAAAUGCAAAUGGAAGAAGAGCUCGAGCGCCUAAAGAUGAAAGAGGCAGGGGAAAAGAAGCGCUCAAGGCGGAGGGAAAACGAGAGGAAACAGAAAGAGAUUGUCCGCCUUCAAUUACAUAUGACUACUCCUACAGAUAUCGGUCUGGGGCAGGAUGCGGAAGGCAAAUCCAUGUUUGCUAUCAAGAGUGUCGAUAGAGCUGGUGCCUUAGAUAGAAUAACAAAGGGUAAGAUGAACAUUGUGAUUGAGGAGGAUCACAACCGCCCCGGGAAGGGGAUCCACAUGGGCAAUGCACCGGAGGGUGAUAGUGAGGAUGAGACUGCCGAUAGGCUGGAAGCUGAAUUGGACGGAAUGUAUGUUUUCCCCACCCAUCUUUCACGCCUUAUUAAUCACGCGCCAACAUAUGGCAGGUACGAACAAUACAAAGAAAAGAAAGCAGAAACCGACGCAAAGUACAGAGCCAAGAAAUCCCGACAAGAGCACGAAGAUGGCGAAUGGGAAGGCAUCAAGUCAGAUGCCGAAUCAUCCGAUGGCGAAGUUGCACUUGACGACUUUGCCAGCAGUGAAGACAGUGACAGUGAAGGCGAGGAUGAAGCAUCAGGGCCUAAAAAGCUUACCACACACCUUGAUAGCUGUGAUAUUAAGGGUGAAGAUGGACUAAGUAAAAGGGCAGCAUUGUUCUUUGGCCAAGAAAUCUUUCAAGAUAUUAUAUUCGGCGUAUCAGAGGGGGAUGAGAGUGGGGAAGAAGGUGAUGAUGAGGACGACAUAGAAAUGGAAGAUUAUUCUACCGAAAAUUCCAUCAAUGUACAACAUGACGGCAGUGAAACAGGGGCCAACAACGGCUUUGAAACUAAAGAGGAGGAAAACGAAGACGUAGGCAUUGAGAUCGUCAGAGCCCAAAAAGACGACACCUGGGACGCCGAAGAGGAGCUCAUCAGGGAUGGAAAACUCGGUGCAUCCCCUUCCCUGCACUUUGCAUACCAGUCAGCUAAUACCUGCCCACCCCAGACAUCGAAAUAAUAACCGCAGAGGCAAUGUCCCUUGCCCAGCGCCUUGCGACAGGCAAGUCCUCCGCCCACGCCAACACAAUUGACGACAGCUUCAACAAGUACUCUUUCCGCGACCGUGAUGGCCUGCCAGACUGGUUUCUGGACGAUGAGAACAAGCACUCGAAGCCUAACCGGCCCAUCACAGCGGCCGGCGCCGCCGCCAUAAAGGAGAAGCUCCGCGCACUCAAUGCCCGGCCCAUCAAGAAAGUCCAGGAAGCGAAGAACCGGAAGAAGUUUAAGGCUGCGCAACGACUCGAGAAGCUGCGGAAAAAGAGCGCGCUCAUGGCGGAUGAGGAGGGUAUGACAGAGAAGGAGAAGGCGGCGAAUAUUACGAAGUUGAUGGCAAAGGCAGGAAAGAAGAAGCCCAAGGCAAAGGUUAAAGUUGUGGUCGCACGCGGCCCGAACAAAGGACAGGGAAGGCCUAGGGGGGUUAAGGGCCGAUAUAAGAUUGUUGAUGCUAGGUUGAAGAAGGAUAUCAGGGCGCAGAAGCGGAUUGCCAAGAGGGAAAAGAAGCGGUAGAUUGUGACUUGAUGAACUGAUCGAUAUACAGCUAGAGGUGAAUUGGAUUGCAUGGAAGGGUUAAAAGUUUUCUGUUUUUUGUUUUUUUUUGUAUACACAGUACAUUGUAAUUAGCCCCAUGCUCCAAGUGCCGCAAAUCAGCUAUUGGGCAUGGAAUGUAAUAUCGUCAAAUAG